UCUGCAUUGGAGGUCUCGCAUCAUUGUCACCUUUUUUCACAACAAUGAGGUUUGCAUCCCUGGGGUUAGUCAAUUUGAUGUUAGACGUGCUGCCAUUUCAUUUAAGCAGUGAGCUAAUGCAGUAAGCUAAUGCAAUGUGACGGAUAAAGUUAAAGACUCACUGUGAUCUCUUGAAAUCUGCAACUUUUUUUGAUGCAUUGAGGUAAUUUCCUCUGAAACACAAAAUUAGGCCGGACAUGUUGACUUGCUCCUGCCAUUUUAAAAUAAUAGCCAGUAGCAGGGGCAGACUGGAUUUUAGAGAGCUUUUCAUUGGUCAGAAAACUUUGAUCAAAAGCUGAAGUGCAGAAUGAUAUCAUAAAAACCGUUGUUUCAUUUUUGUGGAAGUCAGAGCCUGUACGUUUGAAUGUUUAUAUCUUCUAAAUGUGAAUGUUUUGGAUCACACUAGCGAUAUCCUCAAGACCAACAUUUCAUUUCAAUUUUAAUUUCAGAAGGGACUUUAAAGUUUCAGAUAAUAGAUGGGAUAUUCUUACACUUGCAUUGUGACGACUCGAGUGUGGGUAAUGUGUGGGAGGUCAACAUUUUACACCUUUUUUUGCUAGUCGCAAUUACGUAUGGCUGUAGCAACAACGAUAUGCCAGAAGUUUAAAAAAAGCUUAUUUAUACAUUUGCAUGACUUAACGUGUUUAUUCUACAUGUAUGUUUAAAACCCCGACUGCUCAUUAAUUCAGUGUUGUUCCUGUCGCAGUGUUGUUCCUGUCUCGUCAUUUCCCCUCACGCACAGUGCGUUGUUUGUCACAAGAUAUGUGAGGAAACACAUGUCUUGCCAUUACUGCCUGUUUCCUUUAUUUAAGUAGACUAUUGUAUAAUGAUGUGUUGAGAAUUUGGCUGACUUUAAAGUCAAAGUACUUGUUGAUUUAUUUUGAAAAACCCGGGAAGCAAUGAGCUUAAGGGGAAUAGCUGUGGUAAUCUAUGCUGUGUGCAUUCAACAAGUGUGGCUUGGGGAUGAACAUACAACUGGUUAUGUCGGCAAGUCAGUUGUUUUAAAAUCUGGUGCAGACCAGUCUUGGAUCCUUACCAGAGUUCAGUGGUCCAUCUAUCAUAACACAACUUAUAUUGCCAGUCUGCAGAAUGGCGAGACACUAACUGAGCGGUUUUGGAUACACAAGGGACGACUUAAGCUCAACAACAAAACAGGAGAUUUGACGAUCAAAAAUCUGAGCAUGGACGACACCAUGACAUACACCGUGAAUAUGGUUACCUCAAAUAAUCGGAAAGAAAGCAAAAUUCAUCUAAAAGUCCAAGAAAGACUCAAGAAGCCGAAUAUCCAUCAAGUGUUUAAUUCCUUCAAGGAUGGCCACUGUCACAUCUUUCUUAGGUGUGAUCUAUCUGAUGAAAAUGUCCAGUUGUCUUGGACACUUUGGGAUGGGUUAAAUGGAUCCUACAUUUCAGCAAACACAAACCUAACAGAGUCUUUUCUUUGGACGUCAUUUAGUGUCAAAUACGCAACCUUCAGGUGCACCGCUUCCACUGGUCAACAGAGUGAGACACAACAGAUAAAAGUGGGAUGUAAAGAAGAAACCAAGUUGGCCAAAGCCUGCAGUUCGUGCAGUUGUGCUUUAAUGGUUUUCUUAGGGAUUAUAUGUACAGCUGUGGUUUUUGGUUUAUUAUAUGUCUGUAAAGGAAAGUUGAAAGCUACCUGCGCUAAUGGUCCUCUUCAUGUCUAUCAAAGUUUAUUUAAAUGUUAAACGCUGGGUCUGCGAUUCUUUCUGCAAACAUUUUUGUCAUGUUGGUUCCAUUCACACACUGAUAGCAACCAUUUAGUAAAGUGGCAUAAAUAUACUUUUAUAUCUUGUGGAAGGGGCAGGACCAUAAAAUGUUUGUCUCAUCAUUGCAUUCGAGGAAUGUCUGUCAAACUAUUUUUUUGCUUUCCCUUGGCACCCAGAUCGCGCAGAUAACAAUUCCGUUAUCAGCGUGUUCAUGCGUUUUGGAGGAGGCGUGGCUUUAAAGAUCAGUCUGAAGGGAUAGUGGGAUCUUAUUUGCUAUCUUAAAUGGACACAGUUUACAAUGAUACUGCUGAUCUUUAAAUGUUUAUUUGAAUCAAUUAACCAUGGCAGCUCUUUUAUUUAAAUACAUUUAUGAUAUAUUUAAAUAAAGGGUACCCACAGUGUACCCAUAUUUUAAUAGCCACUUUACAAAACUCUGUUCUUCUAAAACUGGUUUCUUUAACAUGACAAUCAGAUUACCAUACUCAAAUACAUGACAUAACAUGACAACGAAAUUUAAAACGCAAAUAUAAGUUCACAACACAACGCAAUCAAGCUACAACACAACGGAAUAAAGCCACAACACAAUGGAAUAAAGCCACAACACAACGGAAUAAAGCCACAACACAACGGAAUAAAGCCACAACACAACGGAAUAAAGCCACAACACAACGGAAUUUAGUCACAACACAACGGAAUAAAGCCACAACACAACGGAAUUUAGUCACAUCACAACGGAAUAAAGCCACAACACAACGGAAAUGCUCCCGACCACUAGGGGGCACCAAAGUUCUCAUUAUUCUAUAUUUUUAUGGGCACAUUCGGCACUUCCGUGCUUGGUUCAGUGCAGACAGCAGCGCUUGAGAGAUCCGAGAGAGCAUUAAGGAUUUUCACGCUGAUUAUUAAAGCCGAGGACAAACAUUCUGAGACUUUUUCUUUCAACUGGAACGGAUUCUAGUCUUUGACAGUCAGAAAAGAGCACAUGACUGCUUCAGACCACUACACACAUUAACACAUUAAAUUACUGAUGACGACUGGACUUUCUGCUAAACCAACAAAUCUAUUGCUCUAUUUACUGAUAUAGAUGAGCAAGCUUUGCAUUAUAUUCCCGUUUCGUUAGUCAUAAAACCGCAAUGCUCACGUUUUUUUACACUUGGUUAUGCGUUAAUGGUUUUAGAGGUUAUGCAUGCUUAAUAAAGGUUAAAUGAAUUGGUAAUGAAAACAAUAUUUAAUAGAGUAAUCAAUUAUUCGUAACGGUACAAAAAACGAAUGCAGACUAAGUCCAGAGCUUGCACACUGAAACUGAGAUAGCAGACUGUGGCAUUGUCUGGAUCUAAAUGCAGACUUAACGUGGAAAAGUACUUUAAUCAAAAUAAUAUAAAAAAAUACAACGUGUUUUGAUCGCUGGAUCGGAAUUUGAUUGCUUAGCCAUGUUUAAAACAAGACUGUAUGUUCUUCUGUACCCUUACACACACACACACACACACAGCGUAAACAAUAGCUUUUAAUUUCGAUUGACAAUAUUUAGCUUAAGAUGGCUAUCCUUUUUCAUGAAGGAAAAUGUUUCGUUGUAAUUGCACCUGCUGUGUGUGUUUUUCUGCAUUUGUAAAUAAUAAAACAUGUAUUU